AUGCAUCCCCCGCCCUCGUUCCCCUUCGCAGUCCUGCAGUACGCGUUCCUAGCGCUGAUCGCGUACGUGCUGGCCGGCGCGCCGCUGCUCGCCGGCUGGAUGGGCGCAGGGACCGAGGAUGCGCAGCACAGGGUGGGCGCUGCGGGCGCGCAGGUGGACGGCUUGGUUGUUCCCGACGCGAAUCUGACGUGUGACGCGCAUGCGUUUCGAGGCGUACACGUGCUGAGCCGCGAGCCACUGGUUGUGUAUAUCGAGGGCUUUUUAAGCGACGAGGAAGCGACCGCAGUCGUGGAACUCAGCACCCCGCUCUUCCAACCAUCCACAAUCUGGGCCGCGGGCGAAGAGCGCCUCGACACGGCGGUGCGGCAGUCGAGCAAAGCGCCCGUCCCGCGCGCGCACGCAGUACAGUGCAUAGAAGCGCGCGCGCGCGCCUUCCAAGGCUGGCGGCCCUUUGUCUUCGUCGAGAAGCUGUGGGCGCAGCGCUAUGGGCCGGGCGGGCACUACACGUACCACUACGACUGGGCCAGCGCGAGCGCGACGCACGGCCGGGUGAGCAGCUUCAUGGUGUGGCUGGGCGGCGAGUGCACGGGCGGCGGGACGCAUUUCCCGCGCCUGCGACGGCCGGCGGGGGACGAGUGGUGCAGGUUCGUGGACUGCGGCGAUGAGAGGGAGGGUGUGGUGUUUAAGCCUGCGAGGGGGAAUGCGGUGUUUUGGGAGAAUCUAAGGGCGGACGGCUCCGGGUACGCCGAGAGCUGGCACGCGGGUCUGCCUGUGCUGAGCGGGGAGAAGAUUGGGUUGAAUAUCUGGAGCUGGUUCCAGGACGGAUAUGUGCCGUGA